AGAACAAAAUCCAUUUCCAGAAUGAAGGCCUUGAUUUUGAUAAUGCUGGUGGGUGUCUGUCUUUCUGGCCUUGUGGAGCGUGAUAUUCUAGACGUUUUAAAACAACUUCAACUAAACAAUUUUCUAUCAACAUUAUCGGUAGAUCAACAACUUUUACUUGUUGAUAUGGUUUCCCACGCAGAUGCUGGAAAUCUAACAGAUUUCAUUAACACCGUGGGAUACUCAAGAAUACUCGAAAUAUUCGUCGCCUUGAGUGCCGAUGACGAGAGAAUCUUUAAAAACUAUGUCAUGCAGCGGUUAACACUAGAAGCCCAGGGCCCUAUUAAUGCACAUCAUGGUGUGGCUUCUGGUCACGGACAAUGAAUGGGGCUAAAUGACGAGAAUUCCA